AUGUUUUCACAAUUUAGAAUGGUUGGAAGUCCAAUGAAAGAAGAAUAUGAUUUGGAGAUAACAAAUGUUACAGGAUGGGAAAUAUUUUUUUAUGGAUGUCAACAACAAAAAAAAGUUUUAUAUAUUGAACAUCUAAUACCAGAUGAUCAUAAUUCACGUUUCACAUGUCGUGUAAAUAAUGUAUUAAGAUCUGGUUCUAAUACAAUAUUAUUAAAUGUUAAAUAUGAACCUAAAUUUAUAAGUUCAUCACAGUUAAAAAUUGUUAAUCAAAAUGAAAUGGCAGAAUUUUAUUGUGAAACACAUGGUAAUCCAAAACCUAGAAUAUAUUGGAGAAAAUCUGGUGAUGAACAAAUAAUACAUGAAGGUUCAAAUUUUACAAUUAAAAAUGUACAAAAAUGGCAAACAGGUGAAUAUGAGUGUGUAGCUACAAAUAAUGAUUUUAAACCAGUAAUACUUUCACAUAAUUUAUUUAUUGAAGGUGAUCUUCAAGUACGUGCAAAUGAUACAGUAUUUGUUAAUCAUGAAUCAAUAGCAAUAUUAUCAUGUGAAUUUCAUGGAUAUCCAAAACCUGGUGAUAUUAUAUGGACAUUUAAUGGUGAAAAUAUUAUCACUGGUAGACCAAGUAAAAGAUUUAAUGUUAUUCAGAUUGAAAUAAAUUAUGGUGUUGAUAGUAAAUUAAUUAUUUAUGAUGUUGAAAGUAAAAUUAUAG